CAUUUAGAUAUAACCAUGCUGGGUAGUCUCAAAGUACAACCGCUGCCUUUGGUCAAGAUGACCCAAGGCCUGAUCCGCCACCUUUCGGACAUCAACAGUUUUAGUUUAAAUGCGAAUUUCGUGAAAGGUAGUGUCCGGGUCGAACCCGUUAGCCUGAUGCCCGCGUCCAAAUACGGCGGCGUUGACAUGGUGACCCUGCUUACGGGUACAACUCUAAUUGGCCAACAAGGCUCCAAAUAUGUCCAGGCAAUGCUGCAGAGCUCCAGGGUGCCAGUUGAGGUACAGGUGAUUGAUCCCCUUGAAACCGACGACUUCUACAAUUCGGUGUUAAGGAACAGAUCGGCCGUGCACGUCGAGAAUGUGGUGGAUGCCGAGGCCAAGAAGAAGUCUAUGAAACUGUGUAACGAUCUGGAUCUCUACAUGUUCAAGUGUCGAGUGCGUAGCUUUCCCGGCUUCAAUUGCCGUUUCCCGGACGUUAACAUUCGAAUAAUCGCUCAGAACAACAUGGGCGUCUACUCGGAUUUGGAGUAUUCCCCCGUAAAGGGGGUGGUGGAAGCCAUUUCUGUGAGCACCCAGGAAGGUAACGAGAAGUACCUUAGAAAGGCCUUUGCCACAGCCGUCAAGGCAAACCGAAAACGAGUGACAUUGAUUCACAAGAGUACAGAGUGGCCGAUAACAGAUGGUGCCAUGGUGUCUGCUGCAAAGGAGAUUCACAAGGAUUACGAGCAUUGCUUGGAGCUGGAACUGAUGAACGUGGAGGAUUGCAUCGGAAGGCUCAUAACCCAUCCACAAGAAUUCGAUUGUAUCUUUUCCAGUGACCGCUAUGCAACAAUGAUAGCUACAAUGUGCAGCGGUAUCUGUGGCGGAGCCAAUCUGUUCAGCGCCGUGGAAAUUGGAGACUUCCAUGCCGUGUUCAAGCCCCUGCAGGUGAAACUUUCUCUGACCAACUAUCCGAUCCUUAGUCCGUACGGGAUUGUCAACACCAUUGUGGAUUUGUUCGAUCAUCUGGGUUACACCGAAUGUGGCGACGCCCUUUGGGAGCAGAUGCUUCGCACCAUGGAGUCUGGUAUUAAAACAAAGGACUUUGGUGGCGAGGACUCUGGCGAGUAUGUCAUCUGCAACAUCAUAAAUAGGCUACGCUGUCGGGGAUUCCAGAACAACUAGUUCCACUAAAUUUAAGUUUUGAACCCUUCUUAAAACACAGUUUGCUGGACAAGUUCCUUAAUUUCAGUUUCAUUAUUAUCUUAAAAUAAUAAUAAAUAAAGAAUAAUU